UCGGCAGCAGGCUACGUAAUUCCCACAGGUUCCCUUCCGGACAGUUCCGUCUACCCUUAUCUUAAGAUAAACUGUUCAGCCAUUCCCAUUCUUCCCCUUACUUCCCCUUGCUAUGAAAAUGCAGCAAUGGCUUAAAACCACAAUGCGGUUCUUCGUGUUUCUCAUCUUUAUCGUGUGGACAGGAAAGUCUGCACAUUCCUGUAAAAUUGAGUUUCAUCCCCCGUUGGUUUUUGUGAAAUUUGGAGGUUCCACCAUUGCCAACUGCGACGCAUCACUCUGCAGCAAUGUAGAGGGGAUAGGCUGGGAGUCUCCUUUUGGAGGAACAGGCCUUGUAGAGGGAUUGUCCACUUUAAAUGUGAAUCUUCAGAAUGUUAAAGAAUGGAAUACAAAACCCCAGUGUUAUAUUGUGUUAUCUGAUGAUACACAGAUGUCCGAAAAUCUGCCAAUCACCGUUUACAAAAUGCCAAAGAAAGUAUCGAUGCCAAAGCCUAUAAGCCCUAUGAAGGCCACUGGUCCCGGUUAUGUCCUGCAGUGCGAUGUUGAAGAUGUUGCACCAGCAAACAGGCUCAUCAUAACCUUGUACAAAGGAAAUGAAACGAUCUAUGAACAGAAUCCUAAAGGUGAGGAUCUACUUCCAGUCAAUAAAUCCCUUCAAACAACAGUAAAUGUUGUUGCAGAGGAUCAUGGAAAAGAGGUCUGGUGCGAAGCGAGGCUAAACUUUUCUCCAGCAGAACAAAGCCCUCCACCGAUGCGAUCUGAGUCACAUGUAUUAACAGUUUACUACCCACCAACCUUUACUGAGCCUAAAAAUGAGACCCUGGAAAUUUCUUUUGGUAAAACAAUAUCGUUGAACUGCUCAGCUACAGGAAACCCUACUCCAGUUUACAGCUGGCAUUUUGCAGACCCUACGCAAGAGGGGAUCCAGAAACAAAAUGUGACGGGGCCGAUUUUAACUGAGGAUUUUAGGGUUUCAGGAGUCUACAGCUGUACAGCCUCUAAUGCGGCAGGUGGAACGACCAAAUAUUUCAACAUCAACAAACCUUCAAGGAAUUGGACCACCAUAGCAAUCAUAUUGGCAGUAUUUCUGACCCUGGGAGCUGUGCUCUUCAUCGGCGGUGCCAUUUUUGUGACAAAAAAUGGAACAUUUUCUUUCCAAAGAGGCAUCUAUCGACUUACCUCAACCGGUCCUAUAUGAACCUGGCUUUUUCAUAAUUUAUUGUUGAAUAAUGCUUGGUGAAACAUCAGUUCACUUAAAAAUUGAGUGCUUUUAUGUGGGGUGCAUGUUCAGGUUGGGUUUAUAUGAACAUGGGUGCUGUAGCUUUAAAAAUGCUAAAUCUGUCUGAUGUCUUUGACCUCUCCAAAGAAAUGCCACUGUUAACAAACAAUGACAGGAGAAAGGGUUUAAUUGUGUUUAUUAACUUUAAGAAGUCAAGGCUCCACAGGCGCAGCUUUACUGUGGAAGUGUGACUGACUUGCCUUAGGAAAUGUUGCUCCUUCUGGGCCAUUUUUUUGGCAUCUGCUUUUUCUUUCAGAUAAUCUGUUUUUAAGUUGAUGUUACUGCUUUGCUAAGGUGUUACUUUGGUGUUUGUGCUGCACAACUGUCUAAGAUGACCAAAGACUGGUUACUCAAGUGUAUGUUAAAAUAUUUGCUGAUAUAAAAGAUGUUGCAUGCUGAUACUAAAACUAAGCAUCGUGUUCAGCAAUCUUACACCAAUAGUUAAAAGUACAAAGUAAGCUUUUAAGAAAAGAUAUAUCUAUAUAUAUACACACACACACACACACACAUGUGUGUGUGUGUUUGUGUGUAUUUGAGGGAGUUGUGAGUGGUAAAAUGUUAUCAGAGUAAAGAAACAUAUUUUAAAACCUUAUUCUUUUAUCUCAUUGAUGUUUGUAGCCAGAAAUUGCGUAAUCUAAAACAAUGUAGUGCAUGGAAGCCUCUAAGAUCAGCAGCACACCUGGAUUUGGGGAUGUCCUGGCAUUGGUUGAACUCUUCAGUUUACAUCUUGAAUCGAUUUCAACACCCAGAUUUUUUAGAUUUUCUUUUAUUUAUUUCAUCUUUUAACAGCCCCAACAAAUGCAACAGUCUUCUUUUUGAGUUGGACUUGAAUGUGAUGGUUAAUCUAGCAGCAGGUAGUAAGAGUUGUAGCUUCCAGCCUUUUACUUUGUCCACCCUAAAAACCAUUGGAAAUGUUUUCCAAGUUGUCUGUUUAUAGUCUUAUAUUCUUAGACAACUUUUGGCAGAAUUAGUUUUUUAUAUUUUCUAAAGAAUUUUUAAAGUUCAGCUUUUGGACUUUGCAUCCAUCUUUUAAGGUAUGGAUUUAACAAAAAUGUAUGAGAUGUUACAUCCAUGCAAUAUCAUUUUACAACUUAAAAGACUAUUUGCAAAAAGGGAAACUUAAAGAUGUUUUAUUUUUUUAUUAAUGUUUUUUGCAUUACUUUUGGAGAUAGGAAUGCUUCCUUACAGCUUCACAACUGAUGGUACUAGGAGCAGAACUGCAUGCACUGUUGAUGUUUUGAAAUUCAUUUUUGAUGUGUGUGUAAAUUAUUAUGUUCUUUAAAAUAACUUUUCCGUUUGAUAUUUGUUUGUAAUGUUGUGCCUUGGUAACAUUCAAUUAUCUUCCAAAACACACAAAACAUGCCAUUUCUAUGAUACCCUAUACAUAUACUAUAUUCUAACAUGAUUUUAUUAUAAAAUAAGUUGUUGCUAUGAUAAGAUUUUUUUAAAGCACAAAAAUGAUAAAAAAUAUAAAUGUAUUACUGGUAAAUCAAAGCUAAUUAAAACAGGUUUGUUUCAUCAGUGUUACUUUGUAUUAAGUGGAAAUCUAAGCCAUUUUUGUGUUGUGACCUCUUUAUGCAGAAAACUGAUUUUGGCAUUUGUUUUUCCUUUCCCUCCUUGUCAGUCCCUUGGUUCUUUCAGACCACCUUGAAUUAUAAAGCACUGAGUCCUCGGUACUAAUUUCACUCUGACAAAGAAUUGAAUGUAAAGAGCAGUGUGUGUAAUCCUGUCUUCAGCUGAUUAAAAUAAGCUUUUUAUUAUUA